CUUUUAUGUUGGCUGCUUUUUUGCGAAAUAGACGAGGAUAAUAACAAAACCGGUGUUCCACGUCGUGUCCUGUCCACGUCUGUGCGAUAUUGUAAAAGCAGCCAUGCAGAAUUCUGGCAGUCCACAGUUAGACCUGACGGGUAAACUCAUCAUCAAGGUGGCCUUGGGGGAGGAUAUCCGCCGAAUUCCCAUCCACAAUGAGGAGAUUACGUACGAUGAGCUGGUGCUGAUGAUGCAGCGAGUGUAUCGGGGGAAGCUCAGCACCAAUGACGAGAUCACCAUCAAAUAUAAGGAUGAAGACGGUGACCUCAUUACCAUAUUUGACAGCUCUGACCUGACUUUUGCCAUUCAGUGUAGCCGGAUUCUGAAAAUUACUUUGUUCGUGGGAGGAGCCUCCAAGUCUCUCCUCGAGCCGACCGAGGCGGCCACGAUACGUAGGGAGCUACAGGAAGUGCGGGAUCGCGUCAUCGGGCUGUUGGACAAGCUGGGACCCUCCACGGCAGCGCUGGUGGCUGGGACACAGGCCUUGAACAUCGCCGACGGGAUCGCUGGGAAAGGUGACUCUGCCAGAAAGGCGACCCCUCCGAUCGUCAACAACUCGCGGCCGCUGAUUGCCGGAGGUGGCAAAGAGUUUGACCCCUUGACCUCUCAGAAGUCCGUGGAGGAGUCCACUCAGAACAAGGUCAUGGCUUCCUUCGGAAUGGACGGGAAUGUAUCAUCGACGUCGCAGUACGACCGCGCGGCCACCCCAGACAGUAUCUCCAGUGUAGGAUCCUCCGCCAGUAACCAAGUCCGGGCCCAGCAACAGACCCCACAGCCACAACAGCCCCCAACCAGCGUGGCGACGCCCCCACACCAGCAGCCCCUGCCUCCUCAACAACAGCAACAGCCACCAUCUCAACCACCACAACAGCAACAACAGCCGAUGGCGUAUGCUGGCCAGGCUGGAUACGCGCCUGGUGGACAGCCGGGACAGAUUCCUCAGUCCUACGCCGGACAGCCAGCCUUUGGCGGCCCGCAGCAACCGCAGCAACAACCUCCACAACAACAGCAGCCCCAGGCCCCCCCAGCACAGCAACAACAGCCGCAGCAGCAGUAUGACCCUGCCAUGUACGGCCAGCAGUUUGGCCAGGGCUACGGCGCUCCCGCAGGGCCACCCGGCCAGGCCCCGUCGGCCCCAGGUCAAGGUCACAUGAUGUACGGCCAGGCCGGCUCCCCAAACCCGUAUGGUCAGGCACCUGGCAUGCCCCAGCCCCAG